AUGUCUCUGCCGACUCAAGCCGUGUCGCCAAAGGCGACCCCUUUGCCACCUCUGCCAUCGGAGGACCCGCUGACAGCCGCCCAGUGGAAGACACUCUUGGCCAUAUCCGACGCUGUGAUACCCUCUAUCAAACCCGCAUCGGUCGCCAAUGCACGUGUAGAGAUUGCGGUCGCAGACAAUGCGUACUCGACAGCCGUCAGCGCACUCAGAGCUCUCACGCCCGAGGACGACCCCAGUGCAGAAACAGCUGUCACAGAAUAUCUCGCCGAAAAUGCAUCAUCAAAUCCAGCUUUCAAGGAGGAGCUGCAGAGGAUUUUUGCCAUGUAUAUGCCGCAGUCAACGAAGAAAGAAUUGUUCAUGGUGCUGAAUAUUCUCGAGUAUGUCAACCUAUCCAGCAUUGUCACCAGCGUCAUUCCACGGUCACUUGCACUCACUGGCUAUCUGACGCCCAUCAGCGAGCAGCCAGCCCACAUAAGAGAGGCAAUUGUUUUCGGCUGGUCGACCGCAAGAAUAGGCGUUCUCCGUCAACUCCACCGGUCACUGUCUGUCCUGACCAAGCAGACAUGGAUCAAGAUCACUCCGUCCCUUCGACGUGUCCUGGGCGUGCCCCGUGUGCCUGUUGGCAUGCAACCAGGCAAAGGUUACGACUAUGAAUUCCUCCAAUUCCCACCAGGCGACAACCCCGAAAUCAUCGAGACGGACGUGAUUAUUGUUGGUAGUGGGUGUGGCGGUGGUGUGAGCGCAAAGAACUUAGCAGAGGCCGGAUUCCGCGUGAUUGUUGCUGAAAAGGCUUACCAUUGGUCUCCAGACCAUUACCCAAUGGCAGAGUCCCAUGGAUGGAACCACCUUUUCAUGAACGGCGCCUUCAUCAGUUCGGAUGACACUUCGACUAGCAUAGUGGCUGGACAGUCAUGGGGUGGCGGCGGAACAGUGAACUGGAGUGCCUCUCUCCAGACGCAAGGCUACGUCCGCCGCGAAUGGGCUGACAAUGGUUUACCAUUCUUCACCUCCGCCGAGUAUCAAGAGGCGCUAGAUCGCGUGUGUAACCGCAUGGGCGUGUCCGCAGAUUUCAUCAAGCACAACCCCGCAAACGUCAAACUCCUCGAAGGCGCCAGGAAACUUGGCUGGUCACAUAAGCCUGUCCCGCAAAACACUGGUGGAGCUCAACAUUACUGUGGGUACUGCACAUUCGGUUGCGGGUCUUGCGAGAAGCAAGGUCCCUCCGUGUCAUACCUCCCAGAUGCUGCUCGUGCAGGCGCAAACUUUAUCGAAGGCUUUGACGCCGAGAAGAUUGUGUUCUCCAACAAGGGCGGAAAGAGAGUCGCAACCGGUCUUCAGGGCACAUGGACAUCUAGAGACGCCAAUGGCGGUGUUGCCGGCGCUCCUCUUAUCACCCGCAAAGUCCUCAUCAAUGCCAAGCGCGUUAUUGUGUCAGCAGGAACCAUGCAGUCUCCUCUUCUCCUCCUUCGUUCUGGCCUGACAAACCCACAAAUUGGCCGCAACCUUGCAGUCCACCCAGUGGCAGUCCUGGGCGCUAUUCACCCCGAAGAGAUCAAGCCUUGGGAAGGCGGCAUCCUCACAUCCGUUGUCAAUGAAUAUGAGAACCUCGAUGGUAAGGGCCAUGGCGUUAAGCUUGAGGCUACGAAUAUGAUACCAUCGAGUUGGCUCAUCUGGCUCGACUGGAAGGGCGGACUGCAAUACAAGCUCGAUGCUGCCAGACUCAAACACAUGGUUGGAUACAUUUCGCUUGCGAAGGAGAAAGACACUGGACGCGUUUAUCCUGAUCCGGUGGAUGGUCGCGUACGAUUCCAAUAUUCGCCGAGUAAAGUCGCAAAGCAACACAUUAUGGAAGGCUUGCUUGCGCUGGCCAAGAUCCAAUAUGUCGAAGGCGCGACCGAAAUCUUCACAGUCAUCCCGGGCAUGCGACCAUUCAAGCGAGACCCUUCUGUACCGCAAUCUGGCGACGGUAUAAAUGACACCGAGUUCCAGGCUUGGCUAGCCGAAGUCAAAGCCAGAGGUUUCCCCACGCCAGAGAGCGUGUUUGUGUCAGCCCAUCAGAUGGGCACGUGUCGCAUGAGUGCAAGGGAGAAAGACGGGGUUGUUGAUCCGCAAGGAAAAGUAUGGGGCACUGAGGGCGUGUACGUGACGGAUGCGAGCGUGUUCCCAAGUGCCUCUGGCGUUAAUCCAAUGGUGACCAACAGUAAGUAA